UCAUUGUGUUUCUCACGUGUAUUUUAAUCAGCGCCGUUUGUCAGUUGCGUGGAAUGACAUUUAAAAAAAUCCUUGAAUCUUGUUCUCGGCACAUAAGUAAACUCAGGAAGUAUGGAGCAGGUGUUAAUCUCUCUCCACCGUAUGAAUUUAUGUGUCAGGUUGGAGAUCCUGUACUGCGAACUCGCGCAGAGGCAGUCGACCUGGUAAAGGUCACCAGCGCUGAAGUUCAAAACAUAAUUAAUGUAAUGCGGAUUGUCAUGAAUAAAAGUUAUUCGACGGGCAUAUCAGCACCUCAAGUGGGUUGUCCACUGAGGAUUAUAAUGAUGGAGUUCCCCAUGAAAUACAUGAAGCUGGCCCAAGCGGAAGAAGCAAAGACACGUGUUUACCAGCCUUUUCCACUGAAGGUGUUCAUCAAUCCUACUAUGGAAGUUAUAAACAAUCAGAGGCUCGUAUUCCCUGAAGGCUGCGAGAGCAUCCGAGGUUUCACUGCAGAUGUGCCGAGAUACUAUGAAGUGAAGGUUUCAGGUCUGAAUGAAAAAGGAGAGGCCCAUGAGUGGCAGGCAUAUGGAUGGCCAGCUAGAAUCAUUCAGCAUGAGAUGGACCACCUUGAAGGCAGCCUCUUUAUUGAUCUCAUGGACUCACGGACUUUCCACUUCAACUACUGGCAUCUAAUCAAGAAGCUGCCCAAGUCAAGAUUGAAGCAGUGAUAAGAAGCACACAAUUGCCCAAGGAAGGGACUCAACUAAACAAAGAACAGCACGCAUACCACAGUCCCUCCUGAGCUGGAAUGCUGCAGCCAACUUGAGCUAGUUCUGUACAAAGGGGAAAAAAAAACUUUCCCAAGCUGCAUCUGUGCAAGCUAAUGUGUGAUGAGUUCAGGUGUAGCAAGCUUAAUGUCACUUUACUCUUUCUAAAUGUAGUGUUAAAAGAGUAAAGUUCAGUGUUUUAUUCACUGUACCUAGGCUGCUUUGGCGGAUGGGCCCUUUAUUGCCAGCUAGAUAGAUAUACUAUGGAUAAUAUAUAUAUUAUGCAAGAUGUUGUAACAGUCUAUGGCUACAACCCUGUUAUUUAGUUCAGUCUUUUUAGUUGAGUAUCACACUGGUCCAAGUUUUUUGUGGUGAGCAAAACUUAUAGCAAGGAUAAUAUUGCUUCAGAAAUCCACUUCCUACCGUCACUAGAUUUGGAAUAUUUCUUUUAAUUGCUACAAACCUCAUCAAAUUCAAUGCAGUGGUUGCUGAGAAAAAAUUAUUUCUCCUUUUGCCUGUAUUAAGAUAAGAGCCUUGAGCUAAAGCUUCCUCUUUAUAGUUAAGAGUAAGUAACAGCACAUGUGUGUGUCACCUUCUCAUCCUUGUCAUUUUGUGCUGUUAUUCGUUCACUAUAAAGUAAAUGCACCAAUAGAACAUUGGUGCAUUACUACUACAUUGGAACUACUAGAUGCGAGUUAAGCAGCCAGUGCAGGCCGAGUGCACCGGCAAAAAAAUUAAGUUUGAGUGAAUAAAUAUUUCAGUUAACCACAGGAAGCGACACACACAACAAAAUAAUUAUUUUCAACCAUGUAUUAAAAGGACUGUCAACUGCUCAGGAUAUGUCUUUAGAUUGUGGUGGGAGUGAGGAGAUUGUGUGUCACAUUGACGAAAAUAAGCAUGCUUGUAUCCCACAAGCAAGGCAUUAUUUUGUAAUUUGGCUCUCAAAGUGGGUGCAAAAAUUACUUUGGCGGCACUUGAAACUAAACGGUGUAAACCAAACUGUAAGCUCCAUCAUGUGGCUUAAACUUGCGCAGGGAGAGUGAUCUUGCUUAGAUAACUUGAUGCAUUUGUAUUUUAUAUGCGUCUGCUAACUUUGCAUCAUAGGGUCAUUUCUUAUUUCCAGAUAGCGCAUGUUGAAAAGUGGCACUGCCUUCAUGCAUACGAACAUGGUGCAUCAAUGAGUCCUCAAGGGUGCCUUGCGACAUGGUGAUGCAGAUCAAUGUGCAUCAGGUGUGACUCGCAUUGUGGGAGUGGUGCAAAGGUUGCCGUCGGAUGCAGGAUGCCUAAAAUGUGUGCUGGCGUCACCACAACGGCCAGUAGCAUUCCUUGUGACAAUGUGCCUACUAGAUCAUCGUGCAAGCCUUGAAUUUCGGCAGCAGUGCCAACAGAAAGGUACAGCUAGACUGCACAGACUGCGCCUGUUGGAAAUGCGAGAUUUUAGGUGACUUAAAAGAGCUACCUAUGCAAUCUAUGGCGUACUAGGAGGGCUAUUAGAGUUUCAGUGUUUCACACAAAGUAACUAUUCCUGCAGAAACCCUAUGCAAUUCCAUUUUUUUUCACCAGCACAGCAUUGCUUCCAUGUACAGUAACCAGUGUUUCGGGCAUCCAGACUACGCAAAUAACAAAAUUCUGUUUGAAGAAUUUGUGCUUGCUUUCUAAAAAAACCACUGCACGUUCCGACACUUCGAAGGGUUGACUUUCCUUUGCACUACAAAAUAGUAGGUCCUCAAAAAAUUGUAGACAGUCUAUUUAAUGUGUUGGAACUGUCAGCUUUUUUUUUUCUGCUUUCCAGCUUUACACUCUCACAUUAUUUAACAUUCUGUAAUUUUUAUUUUAUAAUGUUCACUUCAUGAUGUUAACAUUCUGUGCUGUUUACCGAUAACACUUCUAUAGUGCUUUUUCAUGUUGAUUUAGCUUUUCUUACUUUUACAUACAAGCAGCCUUCUACUGCAGCUUUUUAAUAGUACCUGUGAAGAUGUGUUUUAAUUAUGAAGUGGGAAGUGUACAUGCAAUAAAGAUUACAUUUUGAAAGUUUAA